UUAUGUAUACUAAACUUAAAACGUACCCCUUUAGUUAAAUUUACAAUAAUAAUAUUUUCAGAUAAAAUGAAUUCUCUAGUGAGAAGGUUUAGUGUGCAGGCUGAGGAACGAAGAUUGGUUAAACCCUCCCAGCUCCCAGUUUACGAUGAAGAAGAGGAACCCAAGUUUGUGUUGGUAUCCUCUGAACCUGGAGUUCUUGAGCAGAAUAUAAAGGUGGCGCGGGAAUCCCUGAAUCUCGUAACAGAUCAGGUUUCUGAGGUCGGAGCUCAAAUAAAUCAUGUCAUAGAAACUGGAAAAGCACACAGCCAAGGUGCUUACAAUCAGCUUCUUGAUGAAGAAAACCUUCCUGCUCGUAUUGGAGUUAUAGCUGGAGGUGGUCUCUUGGGUCUUCUGGUCGGUUCCCUCAGGGGUCGUAUGUUUAAGCGUCUCCUCUACACCACUUUCGGAGCAGGGGCUGGAGCUGCUGUAUGCUAUCCAGAGGAAGCGAAGGAAAUCUCCGCGGACGCUUACGCAGAGAUCAGGAAGAAGGCGAUGAUUGCAUACAACUUCGUCAAUGGCGUUGAACCAUCGAAUGAGAAUGCAGAGGCUAACUUGAUUGCUAGUUCUAUCUCACGGUUUUCAAGAAUCGUAUUUCGCUAUGUAACUGAAAUGCGGGAAAAAAUUAUACCAACUGCUAGUUCCGGCUUGAACAGUUCAAGCAUGGAGGCGGAGAAGAGUAGAAAAGAUCAUAUUAUAUUCGAGGGAGGACAGGAUACUAGUAGUGUUGUAGUAGCUGGGGAUCCAGGCCAGAGUAAGGAGGAAGACAAAGACCUUUACACCACUAGAAAAUAGUUAUAUCAAAUAAAUAGUAAAAUUUCGA